UAACAUAUUUAAAUUAUAAAAUUUUUCGACACAUGAAAACAAACAAUUCGCAAUUGAAGACAGCAAAAGCAGUCAAGGAUCGGCUAUAGAAAACUGUUGUAAAUAUUUUUACAUAAUAGAAAGUCCAUUUCAAAAAAAUAAAAUAUCUUACUCGCAAUAUUUUUGGCAAUCCCGGGUGUUGGCGGUUAUACCCCUAAAUCUACCACAACAACUACGCAUCCAACCAAUCCAAAACUAUACACCCCAACUAUCAACAAAUUGCAAGCAAUCGCCCAACAACAACAGUAACACUAAAGCUCAAUGCUUCUACGAAUCGUCAAUUGCUGACAUUUAUUUUGAAUUUUGGAAAAUCCCAAAAAUCUGUAAUAAAUCGAAAAAAUUAAAUCAAUUUUUAAAGUGUUUCCUGCAUGUAACUGAUUGCCAAGGACAUACAAAUUAAUCAACAACAACAAUAGCAGCCACGCUUAUUGCCGGUGAAAUACCGUCCAUCUACCACUACAAGUACAGAUUAAAAGGCUAUGCAAAUUUUGUGAUUCACUCAUUUCAACAAGUUUAGCCGUAAAUAUCCCAUCUUCAGCAAAGGAGAUUUAUACUCCAUUCAAACCUUCUACCACACCAAAUUUACCCUGUUUUGGUUCUACUUUCCAUCCUGAAGAAAAUUGUAUUUAAGUUUAUAUCUUGUGUACACAAGAACCCGAAAAAUUCACUCGUAUGCGCCGUGGAAUACAAUGAAGUUUUGCAGCAUGAACGGCCCAAGUGAAUCUGAAGUUGAAAGUCUACUUAUGAGUCCAUGCUGGGGUCCCACACAAAACGGUAGCCAGGAUCAAUAUCUGCUUGAUGGCCAUAAAUUGCUGCUCGAUCAUGACCUGGAUUCGCUUCCUAGCGAUUCGGAACAGAAAAACUCCUUAGAUGUACUUGAUAACCUGUUAUUGAAUUCGUCCUCAUUGAAUGCGCUUUCUGAUCUGAAACCACUACCACCGUUCACCGGCUAUACGGGACAUUUGUCCAUCAAUGGCAUAUCCGGACAUCAUUACCAUGCAAUUGCACAGAGGCUACCUGAUGAGAGCAACAACAAUUACAUACAAAGCGCCUACCAGACGAAUCAUGCGACGACGACGGGAAACGCCUCCACAAGUAUACAGUUGGCGGCGGCGACGUCGGGUACGUCACCGCUACCGGGUAAUGGCGGAGGCGGUGGAGCCAACAGUCAUGGGUCUUCAGCCGAUCACAAUAUCGUUUCUUCGUCUACUUGCCUGCCUGAGAGCGUGUUAAGUCCGGAUACGGACGCCUGCCUGAGCGACGUGAAACUGUUUGCGGAUAGUCAAUUAGAUAAUAAGUUGUACUCGAUGGCCGACAGCUGUGUUAUGUCGGCAGGUGGUGCGGGUGGGAUUGGUGGAGGUGGUGUUGGUGGCGGCGGUGGCAAUAAUGGAAAUGGCAUGGUGGGCGGAGGUGAUCAUGGACCAGAUUCAUUGCACAGUGGCGUACGCAUUUACACCGACGCCAAAGAUCUAUCUGAGUAUGUGGAUAUGAACUCGAUUGACGAUAUUGCGGCCAUAAUCGGCUCUGCGAUAGCCGAUACAACAGUGCCCAAUCAACUAGAUAAGGAUGACGGAAAUGAUACGCGAGAUUCCUGGAUGGAUCUCGAUGCGUGGAUAGAUGGAAAUUGUAUACAACAGGAUGGUAAACUACUUGUGUCGCAACAGGAUGCGCUAAGCGAAUUCAUCUUGCCACAUUCUCCCGUGCAUCCAAGCAGCUCCACGCUACAGAGCUUGUUGACGCACGGCUAUAUGCCAUUACUGCAUAAUCGACUGCAAAAUGGUCCGCCACAGCAGCAACAAACACAAGCCAAUACAUCGGCGUUGAAAAGUGAAGCGCCCAGUUCUACCUCAUACUGCAACGAGCUGCCGACAGCGACGUCCACCUCGAGUCCACCUGGUUCUGUGGUAUCGACCACGGACAAUCUGAUGAUCAACCCACGUUAUCUCACCAAUCCACAACAGUACCAAGUCUCCAUGUCAUCGAUGAAGUCAGACGGUCUCUGUAGUCCUGACAUGCUAGGUAAUUAUCCACAUACGACAACAAUUACACCCACCGGUACGCCGAAGACGAAACGUUCACGCUCUCAAAAGAAAUCCAGUCAACAGCAGCAGGCGCAAGCGAACGCACAGUCUAGUAGUAGCGGACUCGGGCCGCAACAACUCAACGCAAUUUCACCAUCCUCCGUUAGCUUCAGCUCCAAUGACCUCUCCGGACUGUUAGGCAAAGAGAAGCCCGUACAUCGGUGUAGUAUCUGCAAUCGAGGUUUUCUCAACAAAAGCAACAUCAAAGUACACCUGCGAACGCAUACAGGCGAGAAACCAUUCCGUUGUGAUGUCUGCGCCAAAGCGUUUCGACAGAAGGCGCACUUGCUCAAACAUCAACAGAUACAUAAGAGAAUUGGGCGUGACUGACACGAUGCGCGCGAGGAUCACGAACAACACAAUAAUGUCGUCGUGAUGCACGCCCAUAUGCGAGCGUUCAAGCCCAAAUCUACAAAAUCGUUGCGUCUGAGAGUGGCCUGAGUGUGUGGGUGUGCGCCCAAUUGCGUAAAAAACGAGUUUAUGAAUAAUCUAAUAUAUUCACGUGCUCGUAAGCGAGAAAGAAAAGGGGUAGCUGUAGCGUGGCUUUACCAAAAAGUAGCCUUGCUGGAGCUGCACCCUCAACCACCACACAUCAACACUCCCAGAGGCAGCGUAGUGUUCAUUGAAGGCGAUGGAAUGGUAACACCACUAGAGAGCGAAAGAGGCUGCUGAGGAGGCUACAAGUUAACUCGCAGUCACUCAACUCGAGUGAAUGUUUCCUACUUCAAUGGCCUUCAAUGAGCGAGUGCGUGUAACGUAUUCCUUAAUGUGAGGCAUUCAACAGAAUGAGGUGAGUAUUUUCUGUAUAUUGAUUCGACUACAUUUGACAAACACUUAAUAUUCCAUGAGAUGAGAGUAUAAUCUUUUGUAGUUUAGUUGGUAACGAAAAUACUUAUUGCUUUUCAUAUAUUAAGUUAUUAUUUUGGAAUACGUUGCACGCAGUCAUUAUUUGUUAUUCGUUGUUGUUGGUUGCUUUUGAUCUCUUUAGUUUUACUCACUUGUUAGUUGAAUCUAUUAUAUUUGGUUACAGAAUUGUAGGCGGGGGUAUAAAUAUAUAAUGUGAGUGAGUAAUCAAGGUUUAAAACGAAGGUUCUUGAUACAAUUGAGUCUAGAAAAAUUUAUGUAUAAUAUUUGGAUGCAUAGUAAAAUUAGUGAAAUUAGUGAAAAUGUAGGUUUAGCACACAAAGUUAUAUGUAUAUAAGAAGUGAAGUAAUUAUGGGUAAAUUCUAAAUGAAAAAGUUUCACUGGCAUAAGUUACAAUUGACCGAGUCACUUGCAACUUUCCAUAACUAAUUAAAAUUCUAAUAAGAAUCCGUUCAAUUCGUUAGUUACUAAAGUAUAAACAGCUUUUUCGUUUAAGACAGAACUCAACACAGCUCCGCCAAUCAAAAAUCAAGUGCCGAAGCGGCCGAGGCGGAGUAGGGGAGGCAAAUAUUUGCAUUGCCACUCCGCCGCCAUUCUCUAAGCUUAUCGCUUUCAAUAACAUCCAGUAAACUUUUUAGAAAUUGCGAAAACCUCGAUAACUUGGCCUCUUCCAUAGUUGGAAGUUGAACUCAGCCGUUCUGAUCACCUACUAUGAGGCCAGUUUUCCAGCGCUAGUUUAAUUAUACUUUACAGUUUAACCUGCCUAUGCCUAAUUUUAGAGCCUUAAACCUAAAACAGCAUUGAAAUAUCGAUUAUAAAUACUAAGCCACGUCUGGUUGUAACUGCCUAUCGAUAUCUCAUUAGUUGCAAAAGUAUUUAGAGCGAAAAUGUCACAUCCGAAAAUGGAAGCAUUUUUAAUAUUUUGGAAAAAAAAUCGUGCAAAGAGAGCUUUGAUUUUUUUCACUUCCUGUUUCUUGGAGGGAGUUUUCAGUGCAAAUUUAAUUCUGCUUUCUGGCUAAACUAAGUGUAAAUGCCCAAUUCUACAGCCUCAAACUCACUGAAAAACUAUUCCUUAGUUCAGUUGUAUUACUAACCUCAGAUAUGCUAACAUUUUAGUUUCCAAAAUACUCACAUUCCUGUUUUUUACCCUUAACCAAAAUUUCAUAGAACAAUUUAAAUAAAUAUUUUGUUUCUUUCUCCUUGCAGCAAACCUAAUAAAGCUUUUAUCAUAAAUAUUUAUUUGAAAUGCCUUGGUUAUGUAAUAUAACAUUUUUCGAACAUAAAAUAAACUCUCUUCUCUUGCAUGCCAUAACUGGCCCACAAGCAAAGCGCUUACGAGUCACUAAUAUUUUAAAAUCUGCACCACAGAACGCUUUAUAUGCAUUAAGAACUAUUGAGCGAGCACGUUUCUUCAAUUCUGACGAUGUCAGUUGUUUAAACGAGUGCGGUUGCCAUCGUCAUCGACACCUACUACCAAACAUUUUGCAAAUACUGACUAUCGAAUAUUGAAUGUUUAGGGUACAAAUAUCAAAAUAUGGUAAAUAUUUAGAGUUUAGCAUUCGCCUCGUGUGCGUAAAUAAAAAUUUAUAAAUUCGAAGGGUUAGGCAACUUUUAGAAAGUAAUGAAAUCAGCUGUUAGUGCUAAAAUGUCUGGGUUGCAUUGAAAUGAGAAAACCACAAAUCCGAAUGCGUUAAACGAUCGACAGUAGCAUUCCAUUUAUGUCAGCUAUAAAUAUUUAGUUAUUCUUUGAGAAAGAGAGUAGGUGAAAACGAAAAGGAAAGUGCAUUUAAGUGAAUUUAAGUUAGUUGGGUACAAAUUUAAAGGGAGCACAAGCAAUGUAAGAACAACGGAGCGUCCAAUUGUCUUUUUGCAACUGUUGUUCCGUUUUGAUGCAAGUGUGCGCUCUACCAUCGAAAAAGUAAACAGCUGGGGCGUAUGAGUAACAAAAUGGAUUAAAAUAUAAUUAUUUUCAUUUUUUUUUUAAUUUAGAACAAUAGUUAUGUAAAAUUAUACAAACAUAUAUCUGUGUAAGUGUAAGUUCGUGGAACAGUGUAUAAAAAGUUAAAUUUAAUUUAAAUUAAAACUGUGCGCAAAGAAUUUGUAAAAUAUGAAUGUGCAAAGGCUGUAGAAGAAGCAGAGAAAUUGUACCUCAAAGUGGAAAAAUAUUUCAUACAAGUAAUUAAGCAAUAUCAAAUUUUGUUUAACUUUUUAACAAAACAUAUACAUACGUGUGUGUAAAUAUUAAAUAAAAAUCUAAUAAAAUUAAGUACUAAGCAAUAAUGUACAAACAAAUAUGCAAUAAUGUGGAAAAGUGCAGUGUAAAGAAAGUAAUUGGGUGUAGUAGUACAAAAAUUUUGGCUAGCACCCUGGCGGUGUAAUGAAAUUUCGCGUAAAUUUAGCGUUCUUAAUAUUCAAGAAAACGCAACUACAAAUAAAAUAAAAAAUGCUAUACAUGCGCUCAAAAUGUGCUUUUGAACUGUUCAUUAAAAGUUUUGAAAAUUGUAUGGCCACUAUUUUACUGUUAUUAGAAAAAAACCCUUAUAUUAUGUAUAAAAUUUUAAAUCUAAACAAACACAAAAAGCGAUGUUUUGCUGAAUCUAUGAUGCUUGUCUUUUAAGUUUUAUGCAUUAAAUUGUAUUAGAUCUAAACUAGAAAUUGUAAUUUAAUAACAAAACAUAACAUUCAACAUUAAUUUCGUACUAUAAGUAUGCGUUCUAUCCAAACAAACAUAAAAAACAAAAAAUAAGCAACCACUGAAAUUUCAAUCAAAUAAUCAAAACUUAGUAGUACUAAUUAACAAAAACAAACAAAACAAAAAAGAAAUUUAUGUAACCUAAAUUAAUGUAAAAUAUUUAUUAUUUAUUUGUAAUCAAACACGCUUGUGCAAUUAUUUAUUUAAAUGUGUAUACUCCCACCACUCCUUUCCAUUAAAAUCAAAAGAUAUUUCUCUUAUUUAUUCCCCCAUAAAUUAUAUAUCUCUUUUGGACCCCUAAAAAUGUAAAUAGUUUAUUGUUUUUAGUUUAGUUUUAAAUUAAAUGAAAUUAUUUUUA